GGCCCACCUCCUGCACAGCAACCGAUUGCUGACUGAGGGAAGAGAGCCUUCGGCCUCAGGAAGUCUGGUCAUUGUGCGUGAGAAGAGCGGGGAGGCUGAAGCGAGACAAGCAUCUCUCUGAGGGGGACAUCCCUGAGAGAGGGUGGCGGGCUCCGGCGACCCUUGCGCUCCCCAAACUCGCUGCAUGCUUACGGGGCAGGUCACUGUCCAGCCACAACCCUGCUGAGAUUUCAGUGCGCAAUUUUGAGGGUCCCACCUUCGGCGGGCCUGCAUGCGUGCAGGGUGGAAGCCAUUCUAAGACUCCCCUAGACCUGACACAGGGCUGAGAACCGGCUGUGGGCCACCUCCCUCCCAUCGGUGUCUUUCGCUCCGCAGCAAGACCCACUGGAGACAUCAUGUCAAGUGGAGAUGACCAGCAGUCACAGGCUUUUACCAAGCCCACUUUUACUGAGGCACAAGCCUCUGCACUGGUGGAAUCCAUAUUUGGGUUCAAAGUGUCUAAGAUCCAGCCCCUUCCCAGCUAUGAUGACCAAAACUUUCACGUUCACAUUUCAAGAAGCCAAGAGACUACAGAUGACCCAGUUGAAUAUGUCCUCAAAAUAAGCAACACGAAGUCUAGUCAAACUCCAGACCUGAUUGAAAUGCAGAACCAUAUCAUCAUGUUUCUGAGAGCAGCUGGAUUUCCAACAGCCUCUGUGUGCCGAACUAAAGGGGAUAAUACGAUCUCUCUCAUGUCCAUUGACAGUGGAUCUGAAAUCAAAAGCUACCUGGUCAGAAUGCUCACUUACCUCCCAGGAAGACCAAUCGCUGAGGUUGCCACCAGCCACCAGCAGUUAUAUGAAAUAGGAAGGCUGGCUGCCCGAUUGGAUAAAGCCCUGGAGGACUUCCACCAUCCAAAGUUAAAUCUUCUUCAUCGGGAGAACUUCAUCUGGAAUCUGAAAAACGUCCCUCUUCUAGAGAACUACAUGGGUGCCCUGAGCCAAAGUCGAAACCGGGAGAUUGUUGAACAGGUCAUUCAGCUGUUCAAGGAAGAAGUGAUGACCAAAUUAAGUCAUUUUCGAGAAUGUAUUAAUCAUGGUGACCUUAAUGACCAUAACAUUUUAGUAGACCUCAGCAAGUCAGCCUCUGGAGAUGCCGUGUAUCAAGUCUCUGGGAUUUUAGACUUCGGAGACAUGAGCUAUGGCUACUAUGUGUUUGAAGUGGCCAUCACCAUCAUGUACAUGAUGAUCGAAAGCACAAGCCCUAUACAAGUAGGAGGUCACGUCCUCGCGGGGUUUGAAAGUGUGAUCCCCCUGACCGCUGUGGAGAGGGAUGCUUUGUUCUUACUGGUGUGUGCGCGUUUUAGUCAGUCUCUUGUCAUGGCCACAUACUCCUGCCAGCUGUACCCAGAGAACAAAGAGUACCUCAUGAUCACAGCGAAAACCGGAUGGAAGCAUUUACAGCAGAUGUUUGACAUGGGCAAGAAAGCCGUAGAAGAAAUCUGGUUUGAAACUGCCAAGUCCUAUGAAGCUGGGAUCUCCAUGUGACAGAUGUGGUAAAAAAUUAAAGUGCUCAAAACUCCCUGAUGGGUGCACACCCACUCAUCACUACCCACUCUCAAUGCUCCGGACUCCCAAGUGAAAGACACACACUGACAGCCUAAUUUUUAAUAUGCCCUAAGCAGGUCAAUGGCUGGGCCACUCCCUAACGCCACUUGGCUAACACAGACUCCCCUCCAAUAUACCUGAGUUAGUACUUACUAAAAUCUGUAUUUUGUCUUUGCUACCCUGGACCUUGCUGGGCAGCCCUCCUGGGCCGCUUCCCCCGUGUACCUACUUGUCAGCAAUCGCUCCCUUCUGCAUCUUUCCGAGUGGCCUGUCUCCCAUGCCCUCGUUAUGGUGGCAGAAUCCUCUCUUCCUCUCUGUCCCUCUCCAGGAAUCCUAAAAGUCCCCCCGCUGUCUCUCUGCCCUGGUAAUUUUAUUGGUCACUGGUAAUUUUAUUGACCAGUCAAAGAUUGGGACAGGAUUCCUUUAGUCCUACCUGUGGGACACUAUAUACAGGUUUCGUUUUUUUUUUUUUUUUUGUAACUUAAUUAGAAUAAUUACAAGCCACUACAUGUGACUGUAGAAAAGUUUGCGUUAGCUAAAACUCCGUUGGGCCUAGAUCAAAUUUAUGAAGGAUUUUUGUGCAGAGUUAAAACUGAAAUGGUAGAACAGCCACUCUAUGAAUUGGCGAGGGAAGAUCUAGCUUUUCCAGCACUCUUAGGACCGUCUUUUACACGUAAGAAAGUACUGCCUGGUGAACCCUCAACCUCAGCACUACAGAAAACAAAGAAACCCACACACGUGUCACCCACGGCAGCAUGUCUGUGUGCAGGUCCUGCUUGCCUCUUACAAAGGAACACACAUGAUGAUACAUGAUUUGUCAUCAGUCUCUGAAGACCUAUUCCAGUCCUUCAACCAAUGACUUUUAAGCUUUGAAAAGAAUACAUAUGUAUAGCUAUAUUAAUUUGUUUUUGUUUUUGUUUUUUGGAGGCAGAGUUUCUUGGCUGUCUUGAACUCCCAAAUCUACAGAGAUCCUGUUGCUGUCUCUCAAAUGCUGGGAUUAAAGGUGCUCACCACCUCACACAUAUUCACAUAUUUUAAAUAAUCCACAUGUUUUAAAUACCCAGCCUACAUCACUAACUCUAUGAAUUCUUCCUUAAUCUCACCUCUCUAGAAGUACCUGAAUAUCGUCUUACAGUCAUCUAUCUCAUAAGUCGCCGUGGCUCAGACCAUGAGAAACUUAAGUACCUAGCUCACACAUCACUAACGCUGUGAACUCCUUCUUAAUCUCUCAGCUCUCUAGAAGUGAGGCAUUCUUUUUUUGUGCCAUCUCACUGUCUUACCUGCUUACGGUGGUACAGUUAUCCUGUAAAUUGCCACAGCACAGCCGUGUGUCUCUUCUUGCCCCUGUGAUAGUGCCUUUACCAAUGAAAAGUCUUUAGAUUUACAAAAUAAACGCAUGCAAGAGGAAAGACACGAUAAAGCCCUCGAUAAAACACGAGUGGGAGUCAUGAGAAGAACGUGUUUGGCAGAGUAGCUGCAACCGGAACUCCAGGCACAGUGUGUGGAAGCAGAUAUAGACAUACAGGCAGGGCCAUUAUCCAGGACACCAGCCAGGCUCCUCAGCAGCGAGGGGCUCAGUAAGCUCUUCAGGCUGGUCUUAAACUCCUUGGCUCCCACAGUCCUUCUGUUCAGCCUUCCAGUGCAGGGACCAUGAUCAGAGACCAUUCUGCCUGACUCUAGGUGCUCUUCAUUCUCUGUAACUAAUGACUGCUUUUUUUUUUUACAGGAAUCUGUAAAAACACAGUGCAUUUAAGUUUUAUCUCAGUCUUUUCUUUACUGGAUUCUUUUCAUGUCUCUCUGGUCUAAGUGACUACUUAUUCUUGUAGGGUGGGAUUUUUUUUUUCCUUUUCUGUUUUAAGACUGGAUUCCACUGUGUUGUCCAUACUGGAAUCAAGCUGUCAUGUGAUUAUCCUGGGCUCACUUGAUAAUCCUGCCCCAUGCAACUCAGUAGAUGGGACUGUAGGCAUGUGCGGUCCACUCACUGUGUUCUUUUCUUUAACCACAUGCUUUCCAUGGAUGACUCAGGUCUAGAUCCCUAGUCAUUUAAACACCUUGUCAGUAGUUAUCAGUCUAUGUGAGUAGGCCCUGAUAUUAUAACUCUUGCCUGUUUGGCUGCUUACCCACCUGUCUAAACUUCCCAAACUAGGUGUCUCUGAAUUUACUUACAUAGUUUAUUUUUUACUUCCCUGUCUCUCCAUUUUCUUUCUUUCUUUUUUUUAAAGCAAGAUAGUGUUUGUACUUAUCCCAUAAAGUCUAUUGUGAGGGUUUUGUAAGAGGCUAUGGCAGCCUCUUAGCAUAGACUCUGGCAUAUAGUAGAGGCAUAAUGAGUAAUUACUAAAUAAUGGAUUAUAUUCCAGGUUAGCAAGCUCAAAAUAUUGGUGUGAUAUGCUACUUGCCCUUCUCAUAUUCAGCCAGCGAGCCCUGCUGCUGUCACAAAUAAGGAUUUUACGUUAACAAAUCUGGAGCGGUUUUGUCUUUCCUGCUUCAUUAGGUUUUCAGUAGGAUAGGCUAUAACCCAAUGAUUAUUGAACAUUAUCUUACAUGCACUACCUCAUUUAAUCCACAACAGAAUCACAAAGAUAUUCUAAUGAUUAAUCUCUAUUUUUAAAUGAAGAAAUAGAGCUUUUAAAAGCUGAUUUAAUUGAUUUAGAAGGGAGUCCAGGCUUAAAUCUUGAAUUAGGUCUUUGGGCUGUUACCCCUGUUCCUAAUCACUCCAAAAUUCCAUACUUCUUCUGACUCUUCUUUCCUGUUCUCUCUCUCUCUCACACACACACACACACACACACACACACACACCACACACACCACACACACACACACACACACUUGCACGCGCGCGUUCAACAAAUGAAACGAUUCACAUGUGAAUCACUUAGAAUAUUCAUCUUAAGGUUUUUAUUUAACUUGGCCAAUCAGGAAACUCGGGACCAGAGAAAUGGGCUGAAACUUGUGCCUCCAAAUCAGAGUUCAUCCUGUUAUACAAUGGAAUCCCGCAGGUUUCUCUUGAUUGUUCUUACUAUCAGGGAUUCUCCAUUAAAUUCCUAAUGCAAAUAUUGUUAAUUUCUGUUUGAUAUUAAAUAUAUACUGCAUUGUA